UCCCUCUACAUUUCAUUAAUUUUAUUUAUUUUUAAUCUGUAUGACUACGACGUCUAUGAUCUAGAAGUUGAAGCAAAAAUGAACAAAAGUUCGCAAAUUGUGUUCAGUGUCGUUUAUUUUGUUCCCAUUCGGAUUGUUUUUCGAUCUUAAAAUGUUAACAAACUUACUUACAAGCAUAAUUGAGUAUGACUUUAAUAUUCAGUGACAGUGUUUGUAGGUGUUUCUGACGGACAUGUUUGUUUUUAACUCUUAAAAUGUUAAAAUUAGCGACCUUGUAGCUGUGAACGUAUGUUAUUUUGGUUGGCAGAUCGAAGAAAAGUAUGUAUUAUUAUCGUUCGUUGGCUAUUAGAACUUGUUUUGAAUACUGUCAAAAUAAAUGACCUGUUUCUAAGUGGAAUAUAAUCAAUAAAAGCUACAUAAAAUUACAAGAACACUGACAUUUCAUCAAUAUUAUGUGCACAUAUGCGCUUGAUAAACAUCACCUGGGGAUUAGGCGAGCGUUAUUGUUUACACAAUGACGAUGUUUCCUGCUUCUGGAUCUGCUGCGGUGCCGCAGCAAACAAUAAAUGGGCAAGUAGUGCAAAACGGCAGCACGACUUUGCCUCGCUCCCAUCACCAGAGAACAGGGCGACCACCGGCAGCUCCUAAAUCAUAUGAUUACCUUUUAAAAGUGCUACUAGUUGGUGAUUCUGAUGUUGGAAAACAAGAGAUCCUUCAAGAUUUAGAGGAUGGCUCUGCAGAUUCACCCUUUUGCAGCGGUAGUGGAUACAAGACCACGACAAUACUUUUGGACGGAAAGAGAGUUAAGCUUCAGCUAUGGGAUACCUCAGGACAGGGAAGGUUUUGUACUAUAAUUCGGUCAUACUCACGUGGGGCCCAAGGUAUUCUGCUAGUAUAUGACAUCACAAAUAAGUGGUCUUUUGAUAGUAUUGACAGGUGGCUUGAAGAAGUUGAAAAGCAUGCACCCGGUGUCCCAAAAGUUCUGGUCGGGAAUAGGUUACACCUCGCUUUCAAACGGCAAGUACAAGAACGGGAUGCUGAAAUGUAUGCUGCAAAGAAUCACAUGGCUUUCUUCGAAGUGAGUCCGUUGUGCGACUUCAACAUCAGGGAAAGUUUUUGUGAACUCUCACGGAUGGCCCUUCACAGAAACGGCAUGGAGAGACUCUGGAGGAGCAAUAAAGUACUCAGUCUACAAGAGCUGUGCUGUCGUGCAAUAGUAGCGCGGACAUCCGUGUACGGUCUCGAAAGGCUUCCAUUACCGAGCGCCCUGAAGUCCCAUCUCAAGUCGUACGCGAUAUCGGCCGCUCCGAGCCGGCACCGAGCCCGCACGACCAAACACACGCAUCAUACAAGACUCAACUGCACCGGUCGUAACUCAUGUACGAUUGCCUGAAAAUACACCCCCCCAACCCCCCGCCCUGGUAUGUCGCACUCACACUUUGCACGUAUUGACGGUGUGUCAUGAUAUUCUUUGAACGCCAUUCGAUUAUUAUUAAUUAAUUAUUAUCCCGCAUAUCGUUUUGUGAUUUGUGUGACAUUGCGGUGUGUUGCAAAAUUGUAUUCUGUGAAAUCAAUUAAACUGUCAAGUAUAAAUGCGAUGUCAAACAGUGCUAAAUACAAAAUAGAAAAUGUUAAAUUUAUUUCUCACAAAUCUUAUUCAGUCGAAGGUCUGACGAUGCUAUCUAUAAUAAUGCAAAUAAAUUUCGGGACAAAUUAUAAACCUUGAGAUUCUAAUUUGAUUUUUGACAUUUAAUAAAUUUAAUUAUUCCUAUUGAACAUUUAGUAUUUCGGAGUUAUCACUAUUUGACCGGUGUCGCAGAUAUGUAUUGACCCUAUCGAUCAAAACAACUUUUAUGUUGAAUACUUUUGUUACAUAAUUUUGCGCCAAGAGUUUUUAGUGUGAGUGUGCGCGUUAUAUUCAUAAGCUCUUAAUGUCCAUAUAUUUAAAUGUAAAUAAAGACUGCUCAUAUUUUCGACGAUAAUCAAACAUGGAUAAACAUUUAGAAUAAAACUGCCAAAUAAUGUUAUAAAUAAGUAUAAUGGACUAUACCAUAAAAUAUGUAAGAGUUGCAUAUCGACGCUUGAAAGGCAAAGAUGACUAAGCGACAAUAACUGCUUUGUACAUAAAUGAUAGGCAAUAACCAUAUUCGACGCGCAAAAAAAAUAUAUUUCUAGGUCUAUUAAAAUCAUUUCAAUCCUACAGCUACUAGCUAGAUUCGUUAAAAUAAAUUUUGUUUUCAGGUAUUUCAACUUUAAAUUAGUCUACUGUAAAGUUCACGCAUUGUCGCUUAGUCACGUUUGCCUUUCAAGCGUCGAUAUGAAUGUGUGCUUAUUAAAUAUAGUUGAAACGAUGAUGUCAAUAGACGACAAAAUCCUAACGCAACACGGGCUGUAAACUGACAACGGAUUUGUAAUUAGAUUAUAAUUAGAAUUAAGAGAUUGUUACUUAAACUGAUUAUGUGAAUGGUGUUAUUUAAUUAUUAAUAUGAAUGUAAACAUUACACGUUUUAGGGUGGAUUAUGUAUGAUUAUUUUCAUUUUCUCAAACACACAACAGCACCUUGAUACGCUUCAAUAUCAACUCUCUAAUUUCUCUAAGAAAAAGGAACUGAGAAUCAAUUUAAAGACUAUCCAACUUGAUUUAAAUAAUUCAAUCGUAGCAUUUUUUCAUUUUUGUAACAAAGAGCAAGGUCAACCGCAAUAAAGUUAAAGUUUAUAUCCAUCCUAAAUUGUAAGAAUUUUAAAUACUAAAAAAACUUAAUGAGUGCUCGCGAACUGAAGAUUUAUGUUAAUUAUUUACCCGUUUAAUGCUUGGUGUCGAUUACAAACGAUGUGCCAUUUAAUGUUUUGGCGCGUUAAGUGUAAGAUUCUAGUUUUGCAUGCACCGAUAGUAAAUUAAUAACUUAUUUAUUCGUGUAUUCACAUAACGGUGAUGGUUUAUAUUCAUUUAUAAUAUUCAUAUAUUAAUUAGACUUUGUAAAAAAAAAAAAACUAAUAUUCACGUGUUUUUGUAUUUGGCAAUUGUACAAGUCCACUAACAAAUUAAGUUAAAUGUAAGUUCACGGUAUAUGUAAAUAAUUUUAAAAUGGCGUAGAUUCAUAUUUCGAAAAAUUAUAAUUUCAUACCAAAAUUUUUCUCUAAAACUUUAGUAUCUUUGUUAUAUGAUAUUGGCUAUUUUCAGAAAUGUAUUAUUUAAGUAAAUUAUUGUUUAAGAUAUUAUUAUUGUGCCUGUGUUGCACUGCAUGUCUGAUUUUUUAUCCAAAUGGUUGUGUAAGUUUAACCAUGUGAUGACAUUUAAAUGAUCAAUUUCAUCAAUGAAAUACGCAUCUUUAUAUAUUUUUGUACUUGCGUGUUGAAUAUGUGUCGAUCAAUAAUAAUUUGGUUAAUUCCGUCCCUAGCAAUAAAUGUGGCAUUGAAUAUGUCCUUUGACCAGUCUAACAAGUAUGAAUUGAUCAAUAAAUGUGACUGAAAAGCAGUUUGUUCGUAGAAUAUAAUAUUCUUUGUUUAUUUAAAAAAAAAAAAACAAUUGUAACGGUUUUAUUCAAAAGCUCGCUUCAUUGGUUUUAAACAUACUAUGCUUUUCUUUACAGCCUAAAGCUUGGGUCUCAUAUUUUCAAAAUUAUUGAACAUUUUACAUCAUUAUUGACGAACCAUUAUACAGGAUAGUCAUGGAAAUUAUUGUAUUGGUUUUAUGCUCGGCCGCACAUUAUAAGAAGUUCACCAGAAUAAUUUUAUUAAAUCAUUACCUUCCGCAAGCAUUCACAUUAUCCAGACGAUAAUAGUAGCGAUGAAGCCAGUGUUGCCAACUGGUAAUGUUCAAAACCAGAUAUUUAACUUCCGAAACAUGUUUCGUAAAUGUGUAUAUUCUCCACUGUAUUAACCGAUUUUGGUUAUUAAAUCCCAGAACUCAUAUUUUAUAUUAAUUGCCUCCGAAUAACAAUAUACAUAAUUUUUCAUUUUAAAAUAUUUAAUUAAAAGCAUAUUAAGGCAGCUAAAUAAUUCAUAGGGACUACUCGUAUAAGUGAUUUGUCUCGGAGUCCAAGUCACAAUAAGCCACUCAUCAAUUUAGUAUUUUCAAUGAUUGUCAAUCUUUGUAUUAAAACAAACAAAAUUCGAAGAUGAACAAAUGAAUUCGCAUGACUAUAUUGUUAACCAUGCACAGUAAUAUUUAAUUUUAUAAUACGUAACAUUUUAAUUAUUUUUUUGUUGUUCCUGUGGCAUGAAUUACAAAAUAUAUUAUCAGUUAUUUUCAUUUCGAAAAUAGUUCCUCCAUACCCCGUAAGAUACCUUUGCCUAAAAAUAGGAUUUGAUUAUUAAACAACGGAAAAAUGUUAAUUGUUAAUUAUUGAUUUUUAUUUGUGAAAUCUCUAUAGACUUCCAUAAAUUAUUAUGACAUAAUAACUCUGAAAAACAUAAAUUAUAUUUAGAAAUAAUAUCGUUAAAUUUUCAUCUUUCGAUUUGACCUUAAGUGAACCUGUACGCGCUUCAGACGCCCCGGCUAGUUUUCUGACAGAAACUUCGUAUAAUACGCGGCCGGAGUAAUACGCCAAAUUUUCAAAUAAACUGUCGAGAAGACGAUGAAGACUGAACUCCAUACCUACGUUCAUAGACACAUUUAACACAGUUGUGUAAUAAAACUAUCUAACAAAAAUAAUAAAUUUUAAUACAUUGUUGAAAAUUUUUUGUUUAAAUUAAAAAAUGUACUGUACAUAUUCUAUUAAAGCUACUUUUAUUUUUCAUGUGAUAGUUUUAGUUUCUAGGUUACAUAAUCCAAAUACACUAAUGCCAGCUAAAAGUUUGGGUUAGGUGAAUACAGUCAUAACUUUAUAACUAUUAUACACCCUAAUUUAAGUUGUGAAAUAAAACUAAUUUAUAAAUAA